CGCCCACAGUCAGUCCCCCGCGGUGUUGCUCGUGUGCGUGCCCACGCGUGCCCCGAGCUGCACGUGCACGGCGCGGCGUCGGGCGAGCCCUCUGCGCCCGCAACCCGCCGGCCGCCGGCCCCGCGGCGAGGGGUAGAGCGGAGGGGGUGUGGAUCUGCCGGUGACCGCGGCGCGACCCCGCCGUGCCGCCGUGGGCGGGAGGCUCCGCCGGAGCCAGUGCCCCGGCUCGGGUGGGGGGGGGGCGGCUUCUCCUUCCCCUUCGUCCCCUCCCCCCCUAGGCGUGCCGGCUGAUGUGCGCGGCCCCCCCUCCCACGCCGCCCGGGUCUCCCCGCCGGCUGCGGGCCCCGCUCCCCGCGCGGGGCAUCGCCGCUUUAAGCGGAGGGCCGCGCCGAGGGACGGGGCGGGCCGGGCGCGCCGCCCCGGCUCCCCACGUGGUGCGGGUGCCCGCGGCCGCCGGCGGGGCUGGCGCACACGGAGGGGGCUGCGCCGGGGCUCGCCGACACCGGCCGCUGCCGCUCCCCGGCCCGGCCCGCGGCCAUGCGCCAGCGGCCGAGCGGCGGGACUGCACCGCCGCCGCGUCCCGCGGCACCGGCGUGAGAGCGGCGGGAGGAUGAGGCAGGCGAGGCGGGCUGCGCCGGGGCCGCUGCCCGUGCUGGGGCUGGUGCUGCUGGGCGCCCUGCCGGGGCUCUGGACGGUGCUGCCGCGGCGGGAGCCGGAGCCGGCGGCGGAGCCGCGCCCGGGGCGGCGGGGCUGGGGCCGGCCGCCGGUGCCGCGGGGCGAGCAGAAAACUUUCCGGGCGCUGCUGGCGGUGCCGGCGCCGGGCCGGGAGGAGAGGGGCGGCUCCCCGGUGGAGCGGGGCAUCUUCUGGAGCCGCGAGCUGGAGGAGCGGGUGCCGCCGGGGUUCGCGGCGGAGGAGGCGGCGGCGUGGCUGGCGGCUGCCCGCGCCGCCCGGGUGGCCUCGCUGGAGCGGGGCGGCUGCGGGCGCGGCUCCAACCGGCUGGCGCGGCUGUCGGACGGGAGCCGCGCCUGCGUCCGGUACGGCAUCAACCCGGAGCAGAUCCAGGGCGAGGCGCUCUCGUACCACCUGGCCGGGGUGCUGGGCAUGCAGGAGCGGCUGCCGCCCCUCGCCCUCGCCCUGGUGGAGGCCCGCGGGCGGCAGUGGGAGCCGGUGCGGGAGGAGCUGCGCGGCUCGCACUGGGCCGAGGGCGCCGUGGUCAGCCUGACGCGCUGGGUGGACAACCUGACGGCCGUGGUGGCCCCCGCGCCCUGGGGCGCCGAGGCGGGCGCCGGCCGGCGGCUGCAGCCGCUGUCGGCGGGGGAGCUGGGCGGCCUGCCGCCGGCGCAGCUGGUGGAGCUGGUGCAGUGGAGCGACCUGAUCCUCUUCGACUACCUGACGGCCAACUUCGACCGCCUGGUCAGCAACCUCUUCAGCCUGCAGUGGGACCCGCGGGUGAUGCGCCGCGCCACCAGCAACCUGCUCCGCGGGCCCGACGGCGGGCUCGUCUUCCUGGACAACGAGGCGGGGCUGGUGCACGGCUACCGCCUCCUCGCCAUGUGGGACCCCUACAACGAGCCGCUGCUCCGCUCCGUCUGCGUCUUCCGCGAGGGCACGGCGCGGCGCGUCGCCGAGCUCCACCGCCGCCGCAGCGCCGCCGCCGAGCUGCGCCGCCGGUACCGGGCGCGGGAGCCGCUCUGGGCCCGGCUCGGCUUCCUCUCGGAGCGGCAGGCCGAGCUGCUGCAGGCCCGCGUCGACUUCGUGCACCGCCACAUCGCCCACUGCCGCGCGCGGGCCGCCGCGCUCUGACGGCCGCGUGGGGGGGGGGGGGGGCCGCGCCCUCUGCC